AUGCCUGUCUCCGAACACAGGCCGUCCUUCCUUAUUGAGGCUUGGACCCUCUAUGCCAUUGGCACGUCCAUCAUCUUUGCCCGAUUUGCAGUACGCUUCAAGACUGUUGGAAUCCGUGGGCUGCAGGGCGAUGACUUCUUCUCCAUUCUAGUCCUGCUGUUCUAUACAGUGGACGCAUUUACAGUGCAUUUAAUUUAUUACCUGGGUACGAAUAUCGAAGGUGGAGCAGCAGCGCAGUUACAUACAUUGACCGCCGAUGAGCUCGACCAGUAUAUCAGAGGUGGCAAACUACAACUUGCAGCCUGGUAUGCCUACACGGCACUGAUUUGGUCCCUUAAGGGCACCAUGCUUUGCUUCUUUUCUCGUAUGACAAUUGGUACAUGGCACAACGUUUUUGUCAAGACAGUCUCUAUUAUUUCCGUUGUCUCAUACGCCGCGGUUUUCCUUACAAUUACCUUUGGAUGCUUUCCUUAUCACAAGAACUGGCAGGUUCUGCCACCACCUGGAUCGCAAUGCACCUUGAAGAUGCAGAACUUCUUGGUCACAACUGUACUGAACGUCUUGACUGACGGUCUUAUUCUCUGUAUUCCCUUGCCUCUUCUCUGGAAGCUUCAGGUCCCUAUACGCAAGAAACUCGUUGUUGGACUUCUCCUCUCUUCGGGCGCAUUCGUUAUCGCAGCAGCCAUUACUCGCGUUGUCCUCACCCUUUCUGCCAAUCCGUCUGCGCUUACAAUCAACUCAUGGGGUGUACGAGAGACCAUCGUCGGAAUCCUCACCGUCAACAUCCCUAUUCUGCGACCAUUGUUCUCCAAGGCGUUUUGGACGGGACAGUCUAUGACCAACGUCAGCUCUUCAUAUCAAGCAACAAGCCGAACCCGAGGUACUCGUGGUAAUGGAACUACAGACUUGGGCCCUUACGAGCUCACACCAAGUAUAAACGAGGGGGCCAAGCCAAGCGACAGAGGGAGCCAAGAUUCCAUCAUCCCAAAGAACAUAAAACUGGCCGAUAUCGUGGUCUCCAAGACAUACAAUGUCUCGCACGACAACAAUGUUGACAAUGGAUCAUGGUACGGCGAUCGAAACGGAGCUUCUAAGGCUUCUGUGCACGCCGAGUCCCCUGUAUAA